GAGGUGGGCUGCGUUGCUGUCGUACCCGAGCGACGGCCGCGUCCGAAUCGUCGCCGAACGGGUUCUGUGUCGCCCCCGGCAGCGAUGGUGGGUGAAACGCUGCGGGGUUGCGUCGGGCUUGCGACAGCGGUACAGUGCUGGGCGGAUGCUACCGUUUCUGGGAGCUGGUGCUGACGCAGGACCAGCCGGUCGGCGCUGGCCGGGCGCGCCUUCAAGGAAAACCCGACCAGAUGCUGGCAAUAAUCUCAUAGCGGACGUGGAACGGUGAGACAUGAACGCGCGUGCGGGGCGCUUAGAAAGACCCUGCGGGACCGCCGCCGCCGCCACCGCGUCCCCGAGGAGCGCGCCGGCAGCUCUGGGGCCGCCCCCGGCGCUCUACGCCUCCGAACCGCGCGCCGCCGGGGCCGAGGCGGCAGAGUUCACCGGCCAGAUCGUCUACAACGGGGACGGCUCGGUGGCUGUCGUCGACGCCGACGUGCCGUGGGUGUCGGCACCGGACAGCGUCAUCGACGACGGGCGGGCGGGGCGCACCGGUGCCGUCCCGCCCGCCAUCUCCUCAGUGCUCUUCAUCCACCGGCAGCGGAUGCUCGGUGCGCGCCGCGCCGAUGCAGGUGCCCGGCUGGAAACGAAAGUUCCUGAUGGCUUGACUGUGGACAGAUACAGGGUGUGCGAUGUCGCCGAGGCGCGCGCCGCGUCAGAUCGGGCGCCAGAUACGCUGGACGCGGCGGCGGCGGCGGCGGCGCAAGGGGCCUCCCAUCCCAGCAGGACCAACUUCAUGUGCUGUGUGUGCAGGCUGUCUUUCGGCGCGGCGAGUUCGUUCGUGGCGCACUCGGCCGGGAAGCACGGCCUGGCGCUCUCCUCCGGUGAGGUCCGGUUCUUGAGCGGCGGAGGCGGCGGUGGCGGCGCGGGCGGCCUGCUGACGGCGGCCGGCGGGCGACGGCCGAGCAUGGCUCUCCUGCGCCACUACCCGCUCGACGCGUCGCCCGGCAAGGGGGCUGACGCGCCGGGCCCGGUGGCGGCGGGCGAGGCUGAAGACGGCUCGUGUGCGAGGGAGGUGAGCGGCGGUCAGGACGGGGCGUCGGCCCUCCCGCCCAGUGUUCCUAGUGUCAGUGCUGCGGAGGAUGUGCAAGGGCGCGUGUUCUUGUCGCACGGCCACCCUGCAGUGCUGCCUCCGGACGGCGAGAUCCUGUCAGGAGCCACAUCGUCACCGGGGACGAUGGCGAGGGCCGACGAGGAGAGCGCGCCUUCCCAGCCUCAGGUCCACUCUUCCCAGCCGUCCGUCGCAGCAGUGGUUUCACAAAGCGCCUGCAAGACUCUGAAGUGUCCCCGCUGCAACUGGCACUUUAAGUACCAGGAAACGCUAGAGGUUCACAUGCGCGAGAAGCAUCCGGAGGGCGGAGCCAUUUGUCUGUUCUGCGUAACCGGGCGACCUCACCCGAAGCUGGCUCGUGGUGACGCGUAUGAGUGCGGCUACAAGCCGUACCGCUGCGGUGUCUGCCAUUACGCCACCACCACCAAGGGCAACCUCAGCAUACACAUGCAGUCGGACAAGCACCUGAACAACAUGCAAGAGUGGCGAAAAGUGCACGGGGACCUUCGCACGCGGCUCUCAACUGCGCUACACGAUGUGAAACAAGCUGACGCUGGCAGCGUGAGCGCAGCGCACGACCAGCCUGCUUUCGAUAGCAGCCGGAUCUCUCACCCCAAUGGCUCGUUUGAGGAUGUGGAACGAAACUGCCAUCUACUGGGCCUACAGACAGGUCUGGCCGAGGCCCUCCGGCAGCGCCUGGGCUCACAGACUGGUGCCAUCGGGUCCAUGCCUGCUAAAGGGCCUGGGUCGUCGGUGGACACCGCUCUAGACCAGUCCGUCCUCCGUGUGGUUGAGAAUGAGGGUGAGAUGUCGCCCACGGAACGAGACCGAUCCCGAAGCAAGGGCCUGCCGUCGGAAGACCCGACUGAGCUCGCCGACCCGAAUCCCACGCACGUUUUCAACUGCUGCACAUGCUCCGGCUUCUCCACGGACUCGCUGGAGGAGCUGGGCCACCACGUGAGCCAGGACAGGAGCCGUCCUAGCGUCGCUAACGCGACCACUAUGGAGGGAGGCAACCACGUAUGUCGCCUGUGCGCUUACAAGACCCACCUGAAGGCCAACUUCCAGCUGCACUGUCAGACCGAUAAGCAUCUGCAGAAGCUCCAGCUCUUCAGCCACAUCAUGGAGGGCGGCGACUCCAACGCGCGAAAGCUGCGCCUGCUCCACUCGACUAGCUCCGGCUCUGUGCGCUGCAACGUCUGCGAGCUGUCCACCCGCAGCGUCGCCCAGCUGCGAGCGCACGCCGUCCACAAGGGGCACGACGUGCGCCGCGUGCUGUUUGAGCACCUGCGCCGGGCGGAGCGGCACGUGCCGGCGUCGCGGCGGAGCUACGGCUGCGCGCUGUGUGACUUCGCGGCGCGCCAGAAGCUGCCGCUGCUGCGACACAUCGGCGGCGCGCGCCACCUAGAGAUGGAGCGGCGGCGUCAGCUGCGGCGUCGGGCCGACGGGCGUCGGGAGCCGGACCAUGUGGCCGCCAUCUUCGCCGUUCGCGAGGCGGCCGACGAGGCAGAUGAUCCCGCGGUGCAUCCCGGUGAUUCAGAGCCGACAAAUGGUCACGGUGACUGGCGGCCGUCGGAAACCCCAGAGCGCCUGCAAAACAGAGGGGCAUCAGAGUUGCGUAAACGUCCUGGGGGCCUGCUAUCGGACGCUGACAUGUCGGCUGCAGACACGGUUCUGACGCCGUCUGCUGAAGCCAGUGACAUGAAGAAGCCCUCGGAUGGGCGUCAAUGCGCGGCGAAACCACCCCAGAACAACCACCGUGAAAUUGGCGCGAUCUCUCCUGUUAAAAAUGAUUUGGCGCUUGAUCGGGAUGUCACCAACACUCAGCAGAUCCAGCCAAAAUGUGAUGCGGAUGCAAAACACGAUGCGACCGUGGCGAAUUCAGUCGAAAUAUGCGUUGAAAUGCGUAAUUAUGUUCCGCUCGGCCAUGGCCUCAACUUGAACAAUGGAAACAGUAUGGUCCCGCCCUCGAGCGAGAAGAAAACACGUUGCCCUGGUUCAGAUGCAGAGUUGCCUGCUCAGCGUUGCGAUCAAACACACCAUGAUUAUGCAACGGGCGCGUGCAACACCGGCCACUCCGUGUCUGAGGAUCAUUCCCGCCGUGCCGGGCUUUUACAAGCCGCGGAGUGUCAUGCGCCCGCACAUGGGAACGACAAAGACGACACCCGACCGUUCAAAUGUGACACUUGUAAGGUAGCUUACAGCCACCCACAGAUACUGAGCAUCCAUCUCCAGUCGGCCUCACACCAGUCGCGGCUGACCAAAAGCCUGGAGGCGGUGGCGGCCAGUGCUUGCAACCAGCCUGUCCAGACGGGGACUUGCGCCGGACAGCUGCCCGCCGAGGCGCGCGCGGAGGAGGUGGCGGCUACCAAGGGGCCGUCCCUAUCGUCGCUGCUCUCGGCAGACGGUGCUGGCAGUAUGCAGCGUCACGCCGAGGCCAGUCUGGCGCACUUCACUGGCUCAGCGGGCAAGGAUGUAGGCGGUCCGAACCCCGAUGGAGGGCAGCAGCGGCAGAAGAUGAAGGAUGCUAUAGUGGAAAGACAGGUGGCUCAGGGAAGCAUGCUGACGAAUAACGAGAUGACCGUGGUGCAGUCUGGUAGCGUGAACGAGUCCCAAAGUGUCCCGUCGUCUGGUAAGCAGCCCGUCACGCUGAAAAAUCAGCUACUCGAGGCGUAUGGGCUGGAGAUCGCCAUGCAUCAUUGUGAAUCGCGCUGGAAAAGAAGAAAAAGUCAGGCCGAUUGUAACAGUAAGCCAAGCGGGGCAGAUGGUGGCAAGCACAAGCAAGCAGCCUCCAAUGCGGCCGAGUGGGUGUGCCGUGUUUGUCAGAAGGAGUUUUCCAGCCUAUGGAUAAGGAGAUUUCAUGAAGAGAAAGUGCACGAUAGAUGCGUGCCGAAAGAGGAGUUGGAAUUAUGUGUUGAACGACUGUCGCGAGACUUUCGCACUGAGCGGCUGACGGUUGCCGACGGCGACGAGCAAACAUCACCCACGAUAUCGGAGGAGACGCCGGCCGGGGAUUCCCAACGCGUCGAGCACAUUAGCGAGCUCUCAGGGAGCCGGAAGGUGUCGUCUCGAUCGCAUGUCCAGCCAUCAGGCGCGCUUCCCACACCAAUCUCGCGCCAGAGUCCGGCCGCGUCGGACGCCGUUCCGAGCGACGGAGCGAGCGAGCCCCUCAGUCACGCCCAGCCUCGCGAUGCAGCCGAGUCGCGUGCUGCCCCCACCAGUCAACCGACGCUGCCCGACCUACAGACUGCGCUCGGCCUGAUCCAGGCGGCCCACAUCCGUUACCAGAUGCAGCAGCUGGCCGCCAUGGGCUCCCCCCUGGGCGUGUUCGGCCUGGGGGCCGCGGCGGACGCCGACGCGCAGGCGUCGUUGCUCUCACUCAUGGCCGCCCAGCAGCUGCUGAGCCCCGGCAUGCUGUGGGCUGCCCAGGCACAGGCGCUGGCGCAGCAGCGGGCACAGGCCUCGCCCGUCCUACCCGUGUCCGGGCAGGCGCCACACAGCCACAGCCGCCCUUCACGUGGUGACGGCCAGGCGAAGCGGGUGCGCACACGCAUCAGCGGCAGCCAGCUGAAGGUGCUGCGCGCGCACUUCGACAUCAACCACUCGCCGUCGGAAGAGGAGGUCAACCGGGUGGCGCGGUGCUGCGGUCUGGGGCCGAAGGUCGUCAAACACUGGUUCAGAAACACGCUGUUCAAGGAGAGGCAGAGGAACAAAGACUCGCCCUACAACUUCAGCGUGCCGCCCACUACUAUUCUGGACGUUGAGAAGUACCAACGGAUGGGAAGUGAGAGUAGCUCAGCCCCUGAGCCCAGCGAUCAGCGCUCAGAAAAGCUUCAGAGCAGCUGUGGCGAAACCGUAAAGCAUGCCGAGCGCGGAGCCACGCUACGUACGCAGGGAUCACCAGCAGCGACCAGUGCCGAAUCGCAGAGUAUGGGUAGCGUAUCCAGCUGGACACCGAACUUAUCCUGUCAUUUCACCUCCGCGCCUCGACCAGCUACAGACGUCACCUCCCGGCUCUUCUGCCACGCGCCGCCACCUCUCGCCCACAAUGGCAGCUUGUCGUCCAGCGUGGCCUCUUUCCCGGAGAAUCUGUCGGCUCGCCCGGACUGGCGCUCGCCGCACACCAGUGUGUUCGACGAGCUGACCAUCAGCCUGUCCAGCAGUUCGUCCUCGCAGCCGGCGUUCUCCCCAGAGUGCAGCAGCCCAGCCAAGCGGAGCCCGCAGUGGUCGCAGGUCAGUCCGCCGGGCUCGUCCGGCCACAAGUACGCCGGCCGGCGCGCCAACCGCACCCGCUUCACCGACCAGCAGGUCAAGGUGCUGCAGGACUUCUUCGAGAAGAACGCUUAUCCGAAGGAGGACGACCUGCGUCGGCUGUCCAAGCUGUUGAACCUGGGACCGCGGGUCAUCGUUGUCUGGUUCCAGAACGCGCGGCAGAAGGUGCGCAAGGUGUACGAGAACCAGCCGCCCUCCGACCGGGCGGAUGAGAACGCGAGCCGCUUCCAGCGCACAGCCAGCCUCAACUACCAGUGCAACCGCUGUCUGACCGUGUACCAGCGCUACCACGAGCUGAUCCGCCACCAGCGGCAGCACUGCUACCGCGAGGAGGGCGAGAAGCAGCUGGGCAAGGCGCAGGAGUCCGGCGGCGACGUCACAGUGUCGCUGGCCAGCAGCCUGCCGGCUCUGGGGCUUGCUCCUCCGCAGCAGGAAAGCACCUUCAAGUGCGGCAAGUGUCUGCAGCAGUUUGACCGCUUCGACCGCUGGCGCGAGCACCAGGUGCUGCACGUGAUGAAUCCGAGCCUGGUGCCCAGCUCGCUCCAGAACCAGUCGUCAGGCGGCGCGCCGAACACGCCGAGCGUGAGGCCCUCCCACUCCGCUGAGGAGGCUUCCGAGGAUGACGAGGCCGAGGGUCAGUCCUCCUGGGAGAGACUCGCCAACGACAAGCGUUUGCGGACGUCCAUCCACCCGGAACAGCUGCAGCACCUACACCGGCAGUACCAGGCCGACCCCUGUCCGAGCCGCGAGACCCUGGAGGCAAUCGCUCGCGAUACCGGUCUGAAGAAGCGCGUGGUGCAGGUCUGGUUCCAGAACUCGCGCGCGCGGGAGCGGAAGGGUCAAGGCACUCGCCGGUUGUCGGUGGGUGACGCGUGCCUCACGCCGCUGGUGACACCGCUGAAGACGAGGGCGGCCGAGUCGGCGCUGCUGCCAGAGGUGUCCAUCGAGCUUGUCAGCACAUGCCCUGAUCCGGCGAAGAAGGACCUAGUCCCCACGCGCAACGGCGCUCACCCGUCGCAGGCUGGGUUCCCGGGUCUGGUGCGUCCUCCGCCCGAGCGGCCGCUGCAGAUCUCAUUCUUCCCGUCUGCCGACGCUCCGCUGGACCUCAGCAAGCCUCAGCCGUCAGCGGCGACCGGCGGCGGCCCUGCGGAGCUCGCCACCGCUGUGGACCCGACUCGAGGCGCGGCCGCCGCCCGAGGCGACGCCGCCUGCCUCAGCGUGCCGUGGACAGCCCGCGACGCUACCGACGCGGACGGCGCGCGCUCGUCCGGCGCCGCCAGCCCGGCGGCGGCGCGCCAGCCGCUCACUACGUCCAGCAAGCGCUUCCGCACUCAGAUGUCGGCGGCGCAGGUGGGCGUGCUGCGCAGCGUGUUUGCCGCCUACCGCAUGCCGACGAUGGUCGAGUGCUCACGGCUGGGCGAAGAGAUCGGUUUGGCCAAGAGGGUCGUGCAGGUGUGGUUCCAGAAUUCGCGCGCCAAGGACAAGAAGCGGCACCUGCAGAGCGGCCGUCCGCCGACGCCGCCGCCGCUCGGCUGCGACUACUGCCAGGUCCUCUACGGCGUCAAGUGCAGCCUGCAGGAGCACCUGCUGAGCCGCGCUCACAUCGAGAGUGUGCGCCGCGCCACGGAGGAGGGCAGGACGCCGCCGGCGGCGGGCGGGGCGCGCGAGUCUGUGCUGCCACCCGGCCGCACCGCUGCGGAGGAGGGCAGGGCGCCGCCGCCGCCGGGUGGGGCGCGCGAGUCUGUGCUGCCGCCCGACCGCACCGCUGCGGAGGAGGGAAGGGCACCGCCGCCGCCGGCGGGCGGGGCGCGCGAGCCGCUGCCGCCGUCCGGCCGCACCGCCUCGCCGCCACCGACGGUCGGCGACGGGACGGCCUCGGCAGAUCGCCUGGACAGGCCGCGGCCAAGCCUGGGACGCAGGAAGACGACUCCAGAGGAACAUCAGGACGGCGCACGGCAGCCACCGCAUCUCCGAGAGCUGGGGGCAGGCGAUGGAGCUACCUCUGCUGAACAUCACCCCGCUCCGACGUCACCCCAGCCUCCAACGACGGCCGAGGACCGCGUUGGACGCGCCACGACGUGUCCGGCAGAUGGCUCUGGUGACGCGCCUUCGGGCUUUAUAGGUGGCGCUGUGGGCAGCCAGCGGGCCGGUGCCGCCACGCCGGUGGUGACGUCGGUUGGCUAGUUUGAUCCGCUGACUUCUUCAUGUGUGACACAGUCCUCGCAAGAUCUCGGCCUGCAUGUACCGGAUAUGCAGGCUCUGUCUCGGCCAGCAGCAAAAGUGGACUAGACUAGGCUACUCAACCGGCAGAGUGCGUCUCAAUACGCGUCAUGUUGGAAUGUGAACUCAAGUUACCCUGUUUCGAGAAGCGGGCACAUUGCUCCGAAGUGCGGAGCAGCAUUACAAUGGUAUACCGUCAAGUUUGUUCCUAAUAUUUGCAGUUGUAGCCGUGCGUGUACUUGAGAGUGAGUGUUCUAGUGCGUAGUGUAAGGUUAGUGUUUCAUACGUCUGUGGUCAGGCGUGCCCAACCCGUGUCGUGAUUCAAGUGAUUGUCGUAAGCAGUGUUGCACCGAUCAUAACAAGAGUGCGGUCAGUUCAACUGAAUAACACUAAAGCAAUUCGAGAGUUCCUGAGCUUGCGUGCCUUUAUGAUCCUCGCAUUGUAACAGAUGCCGUGCCGUGAGAGCUUCGCUCGGGUGGGCGAGUGCGUGGGAAUGACGUCACUAUACUAACGUCACAACCCUGGCAGCAACUGACACCGGAGUUGCACUUCCACAACACAUUCCUGCAUUUGUAAACUAACAGAUGUUCCUAACGUCUAUGCUGCCGCAUCAGGGCCUCACUGCUGCGUUGUUGAAAGUGCAUAGCUAAAACUCGCGCGAUGUGUCGUGCUCAUUGGCUUUGGUGCCUGCGCCAUGUGUAAAACCCUUCUGUGCAAAACCCCACUCGAGCUGUUCAGAAUAGACGGGAUCAGCUGUUCCGGUCUCGAUUGAUGGAUGGUUGUGAGUAGCCAGGGCUGCGGCCACCACGAAAACUUCUGGGAAAUUAAUUUAUGCUUGUUACAGUGCGGUGUGUAACAUCAAAUUCGCAACCUUCUCGUUCUCAUUUGUCUCUAAAUGAUCAGAAGUUAUGGCGACGUUUCUGCUUUGUCUGCUGUGAUUUGUUUUAAUUUGUAGCGCGGAUGAGCUUGAUAUGAGAUGGUCGUAGCUUGGCGCAUUGAGAACUCGCUUGUGUGUGCAUUUAACCCCAGAUGGAUGCCUGUAUUUGGAGAGCUUUUGAUCAGCUCCCGCUGGUGCGGAAGAUGUGUAGCAGACUACGAUAUACACGUGAUAUGAGUGCUGUCCGCGCGGACAAGGACUAGCCUGGUCGUUUGCACAGCGUCCGUUUUCGCUGCCACAUUUGCUAUACUGUCAGUAUUCUGGACGCCUGGAGAAGUUCCUAUCCCUUAGGCGGUUCUAGCGGGCGACGCUGACUCCGUAUCGGCGGCCGUUGUGUAGCGGCUGAGGUGUCCUGGCCCCCGUGUUAUCGCAGAUAGCGUGGUCACCGGACCGUACGGCGAGGCGCGCUUCCAGGACACCGACACACGGCCCAUGCACAUGUCUGUCUGUCUGUCUGGGGAUGCACUUGUUGUGGACUGGUGCCUGAUGGCCCUCCUCUGGCUGACCUGCGUCGUGCUGACCCUUAAAACACUUGCAAUGGUCUGCCCGAGCCGGGACCCCGAACCGCGUGGCGGGACGCGGGCAUCACACCCAUUUUCUUACCGCGUGGGCCUGGCUUAAAUCAGAAUAAAGACUGACCACUCGCCACCGACUUUUGCCGCCGUCUUCACGACAGUUUCGGCCCCGUCCUGCUACCCGGCGGCUGCUCGUGAGCGUCACUUUGAGCAGACUGAGUCUGGCAUCAGCAGGGUCGGGUCUAGCCACCCCGCUCCGAGGACUCGUCAGAGGAUGUACACCAGCUGCCGGCGGCUGGUUGUCAGGAAAUAUAUCAACACGUUUUGUACAGCUGGUGGUCAGGUAUUGUAGGUUUCCAUAGAUCGCUUAUCAGCUACCAGAUUUUUUCAUUUAUGUUUACUUCUCCACACAUAUUUUUGGCGGGAGCUAAGUAUGCGUCGUGGUGGUUAUUGGGUCAAUACAGACCCAGCGUUUCAUCUCUCAGCCAGUUUAGGUGAUUUAACAAAAUUCCUCAGCGUUAUAUCGCUAUAAACUUGAGCAUAACGCUUCAUUUUCGUUUUAAUGAAUCGACAUACUGAAGAAAAUUCCCUCACUGCACGAAAGGUAUAGCCCAGUCCCAUAGUUCACCUUA